AUGCCAGUGUAAACAGAAAACAGCGGUGGAUGUGUGACACAGACAGACAGCUGUUUCGCCAUCAGUCAGCUCGGUGUCGGUUGAAGAAGAUCAUGUGAAAUGUGUGAGUGACAGUGUGUUCAGUGUGAUGUGUCGGAGUCUGUGUGCUGCAGGCCAGCAGCAGGAAACAGCUCAGGGGGGCUUAAGACAUCACAUGCAGCUCCACAGAGGGCCUGUGUGGGGGCUGAGGAUUUGACUUCUGGAACAGAAACAGCAGGUCCAUGGAGGAGCUGGAGCCAGAGGAGCAGUUCCUGAGUUUCGCUCGGAACGGAGAUCUAGCCGGGAUUCAGAGGCUCCUUAUGUCCAAGAUAAAGGAAGAGACGCAGAUCAAUAUAAACUGCAGAGGUAAAAGAAAAUCUAACCUUGGAUGGACGCCUCUUCACUUGGCCUGUUACUUUGGUCACAAAAAUGUGGUGGAGGAAUUAUUAAAGGCAGGGGCAGAUGUUAACUUGCCGAACAAUGUGGGAGAUACACCGCUGCACAAAGCUGCCUUCACAGGAAGAAAGGAGGUUGUCAUGCUGCUGCUCCACUAUGAUGCAUGCGCUACUGUCAUCAAUGGGACAGCACAGAUUCCCAAAGAUGUCACUCAAAAUGCAGAGAUCAGAAGCAUGUUGGAAGCGGCGGAGAGAACAGAGGAGAGGAAACUGGAGGAGGAGCUUUUGGAAGCUGCACGAGAAGGAGAGCUUUCAACUCUAACUCAGCUGCUCAGCAGGAAGAAGACCCCAGAUAUCAAUUGCACAGAUCUGCUGGGUAACACUCCACUGCACUCUGCAGCCUAUCGAGGCCAGAGGCAGUGUGCCCUGAAGCUGCUCAAAAGUGGAGCAAGCCCCAACAUCAAAAACAAGAAAGGACAGACAGUGUUUGACCUGGCUAGUGACAUCGCAAUGAAGCUGGUCCUUGAAAGCAACGUUAAUCGAGGAAUGACCCGACAUGUCAAAAAGUUUGAGGGACUCCUCUGGAAGAGCUCCAGAUUUUUUGGCUGGCGCUCGUACUGGGUCGUCCUUCAAGAUGGGGUUAUAUCCUGGUACUCAAAACAGUCAGAUGCUGCUGAUAAUGUCAGAAGACAAGGCUGCAAAUCCCUCACAAAUGCGCAGUGUUUGUUCCGAGCCAAAGACAGCUGUUUUUUUACUCUCAAAUGCUUUGAUGACAGCGUGCAUCACUUCAAAGUGUCACCCAAAAACGACCCAGAGGCAACGAGAAAAGCAUGGUUAGAGACACUGGAGGAGCACUCGGCGUACAGCACACACUACUGCUCCCAGGAGCAGGGCAGCGAGGGCGAGGAGGAGGGGGAGCAAGUGAUGUCACUCGGCGAGUUAACAAACUCACUACAGGCAGCGGAGGCCAGCCAGAAGAAACUGGAGAAGGAGGUGGAGGCUUUCCUGUCCCUGCUGAAAAAUGAUGGGCUGGCAGAAAUUUUCCCCUCUGGGAUUCCACCCGCAGUAACGCAGAAAUUACAAGAAAUCUGUGAGUUGUCCAGCGAGACCAGCUCCAGUCUGAGUGUCUGUCUCAGCCUCCUCUCCAGACAGGAAGGGGUGCGCAGUCUGAAAUUGGAGCAGGAGGUAGAGAAGAAUAAGAUCCUCUCUGAAGCGCUGCAGACUCUCGCCACUGAGCACCACAAACUUGAGCAAUCCGUCGUCAAGGGAUCUUCACCGCGGAGUGCCCUCAGCGAGGAUGAGUUCCACGACGCCGUGUCUGAAUCUGGCUCGGAGAUCUCCCUGAGCGGUUUUGAGACGGUGGCCAGCCGCUCCUUUGAGGACGACAACGACGAGGACGAAGGUUCUGUUAUGUUAUUGAGCAGCCCUUGCAACAGCCCCACCGGCAUGUUGCAGGAGGAUCACCAUGGCGACAAGGACGAGACUCAACCCAACGGGAUCACAAAGCACAGGACUAGGUUACCUGCACCGAUGUUUUCAAGAAAUGACUUCAGUAUCUGGAGUAUCCUGAGGAACUGCAUUGGAAUGGAACUGUCCAAAAUUACCAUGCCAGUGAUUUUCAAUGAACCACUCAGCUUCCUGCAGCGUCUGACGGAGUACAUGGAGCACACUUACCUGAUCCACCAGGCAAACACCUUCCCUGACUCUGUAGAGAGGAUGAAGUGUGUGGCGGCAUUUGCAGUGUCUGCUGUCGCCUCCCAGUGGGAGCGGACAGGUAAACCCUUCAACCCUCUGUUGGGAGAAACCUAUGAGCUUGUUAGAGAUGAUCUGGGCUUCAGGCUCAUAUCGGAGCAGGUGAGCCACCACCCUCCAGUCAGCGCCUUCCAUGCUGAGGGCCUGGAGCAAGACUUUGUGUUUCAUGGAUCCAUCUACCCCAAACUCAAGUUCUGGGGCAAGAGUGUCGAAGCAGAGCCCAAAGGUGUCAUCACGCUGGAGCUGCCUAAGUACAAUGAAGCCUACACAUGGACAAACCCCACAUGUUGUGUUCACAACAUCAUAGUGGGUCAGCUGUGGAUCGAGCAGUAUGGAAGUGUAGAGGUGAUCAAUCACAGAACUGGUGAAAGGUGCUGCCUGAAUUUCAAACCAUGUGGUCUUUUUGGCAAAGAACUGCACAAGGUUGAAGGAUAUAUCCUGGAUAAAAGUAAAAAGAAGCUGUGUGCGCUCUAUGGGAAGUGGACAGAGUGUAUCUAUGUUGUAGACCCUGCCGCCUUCGAAGCACAUAAGAAAAACGACAAGAAGGCAGGGGAGAAAAAAAGCAGCAAAGCGGGUUGCAGUGAGGAUCAGGAAGAGGUUCCCUCUCCAGCUGCAGACACUGUGGAGAUGAUUCCUGGCAGCCAGCUGCUGUGGAGAAUCGCACCCAGGCCGGCCAACUCUGUGGAGAUGUACAGCUUCACUUCCUUUGCAAUGCAACUCAAUGAGUUCCACAAGGAGAUGGAGGGAGUGAUCCCUCAGACCGACUGCAGGCUGAGGCCAGACAUUAGAGCUAUGGAAAACGGUGACAUUGACCUUGCCAGUGAGGAGAAGAAAAGGCUGGAGGAAAAACAGCGAGCAGCUCGCAAAAACCGCUCCAAAUCUGAUGAAGAGUGGAAGACGAGGAGUCCUGCCCUGGGACCAAGGUGGUUUCAGCAGGGGCAAAACCCCCACAACAACUCCCAGGACUGGCUCUUUUGUGCUGGAUACUGGGACAGGAAAUACAGCCAGCUGCCAGACAUUUACUAAUGGAGUUUUCAUGCAGAAAUUAACCAUGCAUUGAACUUUAUACAGAGCAGCAUUAACCUUUUUUAAUGGAAUAGUAACUACAAACGAUAUGCAAUCAGUGUACUUUAACUGUGUGGCCUUAAUCUGCUUCAUGCUGGUAAAAUUGUGCAUACAAAUGUCAAUAAUCCAUAUUUAAAAGUGAUGAAAUGUAAAGUUGUUUGACAAUGCGUUGACAUGUAGGAUUUGUAUUUACAGUGAGCCCAGUUUGUUAAUGGACUUCUAGCGAAGCAGAUCGUUGCAGAUGCAAAGAGGUUCAUGGUUUUAUCUGUUUUCUUUUAAAUGUUCAGUGUCUUGACUCUAAAUGUAUAUCUGUAUAUAUAUUCCACACACAUUCAAUCACCAGUGACCUCAUCAUGUCGCUCACUCACCAAACCACUAGCAGUCAGUAAACAUAAGGUUGAUGUGAAUGCGGUUUCUCCUGAUGUGUUUUGCCUUGUAAAAAACUAACAAAAAUCGCUAGGAUAAAGUUGAGGCAGGUCACAUCAUGUAUAAGAAACAGUUUGAUUUCAAAGCGUUUCUGCCUCCUUGGAUAGAUUAUUGUAAGUAUUAUUUUGAGAAACCUAAAUAAAUCACUUCAAUGUA